UUUUGACAUUAUUUUCAUGACAAUUAAAGUCGCGAUAAAAAGAAAGUAGCAAUACUAAAAAUUACUAGCAAAGAACAGUGCUUGUGCAUUCAACUGUGAUUAAAUGUACUUGCACCGUGGCGUUUAUGCUUUUAUGAUGUGAGAUUCAUGUAAACAAAGACCACUUUAAACAUUCUUGUAAUUCACUUCAACCUUUUCACCUUUAUGAAUGAUUUUUUUACGUUCAAACAGUGUGUGCGUAAGGAACUGAACGCAAGCAGAGUACGGCUGUUUCUAAAGCACACAGUGCCAUCAGCGAUUAAAAACUAAGAAUCAGAAUGGAUCUAAGAGAGAAUCGCGAUGCUUUCGGAUAAGAUAAGAGAAUCGAUUCACGACAGUUUGCAUCAGUUUGCGAUCGGUAAAUUUAUGGGAGGAGAGAAUUUAAAUGAAUCACGCAAUGCAAUUUACUAAUGUUUGCCCUCGUCAAACUACUAGUAUUUGCACUAUUUUAUUUUAUGCCCCAAAAAAGCAUGUCUUAAAGCAGGUGCUAAUUUGUGCUGCUCUUGGUAGAUUGCGCUUGUCACAGAUCACAGAUAUUACAGAUCAAGUAGACCGAUAACCGAUAUUUUGAACCAAUUUAUGUGUCUGGUGUAAAAAAGAAAAUAAUUUUAAAAAUUAAAAAUAACAAGGGCCAUGACACAAACUUUCUUUAAAUGCUUUUAAAUUGAAAAUGACCGAUACCGAUAACCAUAAAAAUGCUUAAUAUCGGUGCCAAUAAUCGGCUGACUCCUACGCUCGACAUAUACAAUAUUAUUACAGUUUGUGCUUGUUAGAAAAGGCAAUGUCAAGUUAAUAUGUACGGAGCCCUGGACAUGACAUGUGGGUGAAAAAUGAAAGCUAUUGUGACCACAAAUUAAAAAUUUGUUCCUAUGUAGAACAGUGUCCAUUGCUUUGGAAUAUUGUUAGAAAACAUGAAGAUCUCAGACAAGAGGUGGGCUCUGUCCUCAUUCACACAACCCUUUCAAAGUGCAGAGCAGGAUAUAUUAUGUUACCUAAAAUUCAGUCUACAGAAACAGAAUCUUGUACACUGGCUAAAAUAGCACAGAAGCUUAAUAGACUGCAGGUUAAAUCAAACUUAUCUUUUUGGGGAAACACAAUUAAACUUAACAUAGAUAAUACAUUUUCUAUUGCUUUCCAGGUAGAGGGAUAAAGGCUGUAUUGUUUCUAUUUUAAUAGUUUAUACAUUGUGAAUACAUUUAAUGUAUAUAGGAUGCUGGAGGGGCGUGAAAUAUGACCUGGAUAUUUUUUGACAGACAACUUUCAAAAUUAUUCUAUAUUAUGUCUGAAAAAGGAACACUGUUUAAAGCACUUGCGUGACCUCACAUGUUUUGGGUUAUUAAGUAUAAUGAGUGUAAGAUUGUGCAUGUAAACACUCACAGAUUUUUAUGAGAUUCACUCUGGUCAAAACUGAAAAUUAUAUAGUUGGUUAUGUGUCCUAAAGGGAUUAUUGGCUCUUCCUUUAAAGAAAAUGAGAAAAAUGAGGCAUGUAAAUAAAACAUAAUAAAAUGAUAUGUCCUACACUGGAUUAGAGCAGCGCUGUAAGAUGCAGCAGACGUAUGAUUACGCACUGCAGAGGAGGACUUUGUAUGAAAGCCAUUUGUGUUUUGAGCAUUAAACAUGUUUGGCAGAGAAAUAGAGGGAGGGACAGACAGACAAGCAGCUAAAGAAGGAGAGAAUCACCCAGGGUCCUCUUGCAGUUCUGUGCUCCUAGAAUGGUGUGGUCAUGGCAUGAUGUAUAAAUAGAUUGAGUGUGUGAGCAAGGGGCGGAGAGGAGCGUGCACACAUAUGUGCAUUAAUAGUGUGUGUGUGUGUUGAGAGAGAGUUGGGGAUUUGCACAUACAGGGUCGUCUGCCUUUACUCUCGUUGUAUGAGCCGUGGAUAUAAAUAGAUAUUGUGUGUGUUCUUGAUUAUGAAUGCUUCUCUGGGUUUGGCAGACAAACCUAUUGUGACUUCCUAGCAGAACUUGGAAAGCUAAAAAUAAGUGAUUAAUACUAUUACAGUAGUCAGAGAUGAUGAUAAUGAAGAAUACAUAUGCUAAGUACACCAUUUUUUUUUAAACACAUACACUGUGACCAGGUCCUGCAGUUAAACAUCAGGUGAGGGUUAUGUUACAGUUCUGGGGCACACAAAGAUAAACCGAAAUGUCCAUACUCGUACACAUGAGUUAAACAUGAGACUCUGGAAGUGCAGUGAAGUUGAAUGAAUGAUUGGCUCAGGAGGAAGGCCUAGCCUUGCAGAAUCUAAUACUGUGUGUCCAUUAAUGCUGCCAGGUGUUACAACCUGCAGGAAACUGGAUUAGGCGAUUGGAGCACAUUGCUAUGGUACAUGGAGGCUUAGAUGACAAUGACACUCACCAACUUCCUUUCUCACACUUGUAUUAAGAAGAAUUGAAGCUAUAGCAUGUAUUAGAGGUUAAAGGCACUAAUAUGUAAAUUUUGCUAGAGGGCGCAUAUUCAAACUAAACAAACAAAAAAGCGUAGUUUGAUGACGCCAUGACUGAGUGUGGAGUUGUCGUCUUCAUCCCCACAGCUGAUGCAAUCCGACGGGACUCGGGCAAAAAUCAUGUUUAUGGUUGAGCUAAUGAUUUUUUUAAUGUAAUAGAAUGAAGCAUUAGGUAGGCUAUAAUCAUGAAAGUGCGUUUGCCAGAUUGACCUUUGCAUUUGAAGGGGUGGAGCUAAACAAAGGGCUUGAUGAUGUCAGCAGAGGACGAAAGUCGUUUUAGAAGAUGUUAAAACGUUUUGUUUUUUUGUUUUUCUCUGAAGUAGGCACUGAUUAAUCAUUUACAUUAAGACUACAAAAGUCUCUUAAAAAGUAAACAGUCAUAUUGUUUUCAUGUUGACUUUAUAGAACUGGGAAUUUUUAAAGGUGCGGUAUAUAAUUUCUGCCCUCUAACCGCACUAAAUGGAAAUGCAAAAAUAUUCCUUCCAAACUGGUUUCAUCUACAAACACACUGUAGACAGGGAGUGUGCUCACAAACAGGUAGUCCCACCACAAACCUGUGCCAUUGGUUGAGCCGAAAGUUGACAUGUCGGACCACUCAAUAAACAGAGCGCUGUUUUAUUUCCACACUGUUUACACUCUUUGGGAAUACAACCUCAGCUUAAUUAUAGAUGUCUCUGCACAUUUUAAGAAGAAUUACUUAAAGGGAUACUUCACUAAAAAAGGAAAAUUCUGUUAUUUACUCACCCUCCUGUCAUCCAAACCUGAAUGACAUUCUCUCAUCAGCAGAACACAGAAGACAACACAGAAGCAUCUUUGUAACCAAUUGGUUUUGGUAACCUUUAACUUCCAUUGCAUUGACAGUAGACAUUUCUCAAACUAUGUUAUUUUGUGUUCGGCAGAAGAAAGAAAUUCAUACAGGUUUGAAACAACAAGAGGGUGGGUAAAUGAUGGCUGAAUUGUAAUUUUGAGGUAGACUAACAUUGUUUUUCUUUGCUGUUUUUGAAAGGAGUAGAACCUGUCUCAUGUUGGUGAUGGUCUGGAGAACUGUGAGAAUGAGAGUUAUAAGGAAGUCCAGUAUAGUUGGUUUUGGGUUCACCUGAUUCCUAUUGGACAUUUUUCUUGUCGGCAGUCAUCUAUACCAGAGGGGGUGUUUGGUCAGUGACUCAUUUCCCUCAACGUUUCCGUUUUGCUUUAGGCCACGGAAAAAACCACAAAGAUGCAGCAUCUGUACGGGCCAUCCAUCCUAUCCCUGCCGCUUGUGGCAUCUACUACUUUGAGGUGAAGAUCGUAAGCAAAGGAAGGGAUGGGUACAUGGGAAUUGGACUGUCUGCCCAGGGGGUCAACAUGAACAGACUGCCUGGUUGGGACAAGCACUCCUAUGGUUACCAUGGUGACGACGGACACUCCUUUUGCUCCUCAGGGACUGGCCAACCAUAUGGCCCAACCUUCACAACGGGCGACGUCAUUGGCUGCUGCGUGAACCUCAUCAAUAACACAUGCUUUUACACCAAGAAUGGGCAGAGUUUAGGUGUGGCUUUUACAGAUCUCCCACCUAACCUGUACCCCACAGUAGGGCUACAGACUCCAGGGGAGAUAGUAGAUGCUAAUUUUGGCCAGCAGCCUUUUGUGUUUGACAUUGAGGACUACAUGAGCGAAUGGAGGGCCAAGAUCCACAGCAUGAUUGCCCGCUUCCCCAUCGGAGAAAGACUGGGAGAUUGGCAGGCGGUUCUGCAGAAUAUGGUGUCCAGCUACCUAGUGCAUCAUGGGUAUUGUGCCACAGCAAUGGCCUUUGCCAGUGCCACAGAGACCAUGAUCCAAGAGGACCAAACCUCAAUAAAAAACAGACAGAGUAUACAGAAGCUGGUAUUGGCAGGACGUGUUGGAGAAGCCAUUGACGCAACACAGCAGUUGUACCCCGGACUGCUAGAACACAACCCCAAUUUACUCUUCAUGUUGAAGUGUCGGCAGUUUGUGGAGAUGGUGAAUGGUACAGAUAGUGAGGUACGGUGCUUUAGUGUCCGCUCUCCUAAAUCACAGGACAGCUAUCUUGGCUCCCCCAACCUGAGCCCGCGGCACGGAGCCACCAACGCUCACUUGCACAACACAGGAGCAGACAGUCCCACAUGCAGUAACGGGGUCACCCCUACUAACAAAAAUAAGAGCCACAACAAAUACACAGGUGUAAGCUCCGCCUCCUCCUCUCCAUCCUCCUCUCCUUCCUCCGUCAAUUACUCAGAGUCCAACUCUACCGACUCCACCAAGUCCCAGCCCCACAGUGCCACCAGCAACCAGGAGACUAGGUCUGUGUUGUUGUUUGGUGAUAGUGAGAUGGAAAUUGAGGCAGAGCAUUACAGCAACGGCGUGACAGAAAGCUCAACCCGCAUUAUGAAUGGCACAUACAAACACCAGGAAAUCCUGCAGGCGGAUGACAGCAGUGUUGGCAAUGGAGUAGCAGAUGACAGCUGCAGCUCAAGACAGCUGUGUGGAGGAAACCAGGCGGCCACGGAGAGAAUGAUCCAGUUCGGCAGAGAGCUUCAGGCCCUCAGCGAGCAGCUCUGCCGCCAAUAUGGCAAAAACGCCACUCACAAAAAGAUGCUGCAGGAUGCAUUCAGUCUGCUGGCGUACUCAGACCCCUGGAACUGCCCCGUGGGCCAGCAGUUGGACCCCAUGCAAAGAGAGGCGAUCUGCUCCACUCUCAACAGUGCUAUUCUGGAGUCUCAGAAUCUGCCCAAACAGCCUCCACUCAUGCUGGCUCUGGGUCAGGCCACCGAGUGCGUGCAGCUGAUGGCCAGGGUUCGCUCUGGUUCCUGCUCCUUCGCCAGAGUCGACAACUUUUUGCACUAGCACCAGUCCAGACAAGAGCACCAAGGCAGUGUUCGGGACAGCUAAAAGGAGGACUUUCCAGUUGGUUGCCAUGAGGAGAACAUGUGUUUGAAUUGGUGUGUCGCUUGCAGUUUGCCAGAAGCAGCAGAACAGAAUGAAUAGAAACAUGAGAAGAGAGAGGCUUCUUUUUAAUUUAGUAUUAUCAAAUACAAAUUGUGUGACACUAUUUAAAGAUAAUUAAUUAUUCUGUUUAUCUAGACAUUUUUAUUUUAGUUUAUAUUUUGUCCGUUUGUUGUGCUCAUCUUGAAACAAAUCAACUUCCCAAACUAUUUUUUUUUUUUUUUCAUGGGUGAAUUCAGUGCAUAGUAUUUCAAGCAUACCAUAUCAACAAUAUACAUAAUGGUAAGUUCCUACUGAAAAUUUGAGCUACGCACUCUGGUUUUUCUCAGUCAGAGCUCAGGUAUUUAGACAAAUGUUCUUUUGUCGUCAGAGCGGGAUGUUUGCGGACACAGGUGUCGCUUCACCAGAUCAUACUGUGGGUUUUUAAGCAGGUCCUUUUCUAUGUACAAGCCAAUUCUAUAGUUUUUUAUUUUUUUUUUAUUUGGUCAACCUUAACAGCCCCUUUAGGAAUUAAAUUGACGUUGGUGUUGCGCAUAUGUGAACUAGGCGUGACUUCACGAUGUUUUUGUGAGAGAGGGUGAGAUAAUCAAUGGCUUCUAGCGUCUUUUAAGCUACUUUAGGCACCAGCACGAGUUUCAUUAGACACAAUCAUACAGCGACGACGCAGACUUGCCUUUGGGUCCAAUGUAGAUGACUUAUAUUUUCAACCAUAGACCUUUGCCCAAAAAUAAAUCUAUUUUACCAAUAUUUUACCAUCUUUAUAGCAGUGGUUAUCAUGCAAAUAUCACCCGUCACUUUUUUAAAUUUUAAGUUAAGUAUAUUGAAGUUAAAAAGUGGUUUUCAGAUUUUUGUGGCUGUACCAAAUAAAAACGCAAUGUUUUUGACAAAAGAAAAUUUAAGGUCAGUAGUUUGAUUACUGAGAAGCUCCACUGAAGCUUGCAUACUAACUUCGUAUACGAAGUCUGUACGUUUUAUACCCAUGUGAAUAGUGUCACCGUGUUGAUAGUUCUCCUGUUAGAUUAAUAACUACAAACUGACACCGUUUCAACUUCUGUUGUUGGUUGUUUCAUUGGCUGUUAAGUACUGUUGUUCAAGUUUCUUACCAUUGGAUGCACUGUACUUCAAUUAAUGCACAUGAUGCAUUACUGUAUCUGUCUACCUCUCCUGUUCAGUAAUGGAGGGACAGAGUAUGAACUUGCAGCAUGCAAGACAAUUGACUGACCCAGCGUUCCUGCAAAUGAACAGAAAACAAAGUAUUUAUUUAGCAUCUAGAACAUCUCCUUAAAUUGCAAUCCUCUGUGUUGCUCCAGAACUUCACCUCGACCUCAUAUCAGUGCAGUUGUUUUGUUUUUUCCCUCCGUUAGCCAUCUUCUUUUUUUUUUUUUGGCCUUUGUAAAUGUGAUGUUAACUGGCUCAGGCACUUAACAAUUUUUAUUUCCCAUUAGCAGCUUGUUUAUUUUUUCUUUCUUUUAAUCUGGUCAUCCAUGAAGGAAGAACUAUAAAUCGAUCCCAUGUCAACCCAGCGUUUUACUUGCCAGCACGCCGCCGUGGUGUUGAAUGUAGCUUAACCGAUUUUAUUUCCCACAUUUUUUGCUGCUGGCCAUCAUGAGAUUGUUACAUUCCUUUAUCUACACCUGCUUUUGUUCAUUUAUACCUCAUUUACUCAUAGGACAGUGCUGUCUAGCUUGUUGUAUGAUGACAGGCAUUUUAACAAGGUAUGUGUAGUGCAAGUUGACCCGGCAAAAGUCAGAGGUCACAGGGUCACUGGAAGGUUGCACAUGCUCCCCAAUAGCUAAAAUAAACUUGGCCUUCCCAACUCUGGAGUUACAUAAUGAAUAUAGGCACUAAGGCAGAGUAAAAUCACUGUUUGGAGCCCCACCAUUUGUUUUUAGCAGUGUUUAUGUGUCAGUCUGAUUGUGUGGGGCGGCGAUUUUACACAUCCUGAUCCCAAACACUCUUGUUUUACUGUUUUACUCCGCUAAAUGGUUCAAUGGUUGUUAAAUGGUGGUAUAUUGUUGCAUGGGGAAAUCUUAUGUAACUUUUUACUUAUGUUUGAGUUACAAAAUGGCAGUUUAUAUAGAAGCACUCAUACUUCUACUGACCUGUACGUUGUAGAUCUUUUGUAAUGAGGCGGCUUUUUAAUGCCAAAUAUGUUUUGGAACUCAUCAUAAUCUAACCACCUAUAAUGAAUAUUGUUGUUUUAAAAUAAUCCAUCAUAGAACUUCUUAUUGGCUUUAAACAGGGACCUACGUACAUAUAUGGAAGGGAAGAAAGUAGCCAAAAUCUUUCUCGAGAUCAUCUUAGUCAUGUGGUGAUGUUCCUGCCUCAAAAGACAAUGGAGCAGGAUGAAUGGAAUGGAGUACAGCAAGCUGUGCACAAUUUACUUCUGUUAUGAUUUUAAUUUUAUUUGAGUUUUCUUCUAGCAAUUGUGAAAUGGGUUACCCUCUACUUAGCAUGAACCUUUAAAAACCUUUAAAACAACAUAAAAAAGAAAAACGAUUAAAAAUAAAUAAAAAAAUAAGAGAGACAUACCUAUGUACUGGAAACAUGAUAAAGAAAUAUUGUACUCAUUUAAUUUUGACAGAAUUAUUUUUAUUAAAAUACACAUCCAUGAGCAAA